AGUGAAGUUAGAUAGCUUCAGACAAUGUUCAUAUCCUCAGAGCCCUGCGCUUGUUUUUAGCACAUAUAAUAUCAGCAGCAACGAUUUUGAUGGCUCAAAUAAUAAUAAAUGUUGCCACCGGCUGUUUUUGCUGCAUUAGAAGAACCGCUGAACCUCACUUCACUAGAGCUUUUUGCUUCUAUAUUAUUUCAUGGAAUAUUACAUUUAUUAUUGGCAUGGGUCUAUUGCUAGCCGGUGCAGCACUGAAUGAUAGACAUGAUGAAGUAAUUGUGAAAAACGGCGGCUACUACUGCUAUGUUAUCAAACCAGGAGUGUUUGCCACCGGAGCUGUCUUGGCUGCUGUAAGUUCCAUUUUCGGAGUCUUUUAUUAUCAAACCCUAAACUCGAAAGAGAAGGGCACGAGCAAUGUAGAGAUUCCGAAUCAAGGUGGCAUAGUCAUGGCACAACCUCAAUUCCCGAUCCAGAAAUCUGGUUUUGUAACUGAAGAUGCUUAUAACAAGCGACAGUUCAGUUGAUCGGAAAUCUUUUUCGUUGAUUUUCCGGCGUGCAUUAGUCUUAAAAUCAAUUUGGUGGUUGCGUUGGCAUGGGUCAAAUUGUGAAAAUUAAUUUUCUUUUCAUUAUUAUUUUUCUUACUGAAGGAUUAUUAUUGGGUUUUUCGUUUCUUUUUCCUUUUUAUAUAUAUUUUAAUUAUUUUU